UUGGACAUUACCAUAAAAAUAUGAGCAAUACAAUUUGUUUUGAGCUCAAAAUACAGUGUCCUCCAAGUCAAUCGUGUUUACAAACAAUCAGUUUAUUUACAUCGCUGUCUAAAUCAUGCAGAGCGAUUCCGGCCGAUUUUCCGGCAACAAAUUUUGAUUGGUUGGCACAAGACAUUGGAUAUCACGUGAGCAAGUCAAAGGUAAAGAGGCCAGACAUUCAAAACAAAAAUGUCGUCAAUUGCAAAGAGAAAGCGUACAAUAUCGAUAGAAGAAAAAUCAAAACGCAAAAAGGAUGCGAAAACAUCGUAUAAUCUUGGCAGUAUCACUAUUGGAAGUGAAGUUGUAAGGUGGAGAGACUUUCAAAGGCAGCACAAAUUUCGAUCGAACGAGGAAACCGCCCGUUUUCUUUUAGAUCAUAUUUCCAGCUGUGGGAAGAAAGUAGAACAGAAAGCUACAACAAGCACUCCAUUCAAAACAAGACUAUCUGUUUUUGAACCUCCAGUAUCUGGAAUAUCUUCCAUUUCCAGUGAAGCAGAGAGUGUAACUACCAUAACUGCCACAGAAGGCAAAAGCUCCUCAGAUGAUCAGACCACAAUGACAGCACCUGGACCUGACAUCAGUCAUGCCGGUGGUACAGAGGUGGCAGCAACUUGUACCACGGUUCCUUCAGUGCGGAAAAAGGGACAUGGAAUAUUAUCCAACCCAAAGUUUGCCUCAUUCACAGAGCCUUUCAACCUGUCCAUGGAUGUCACAAAUAUUGAGGACGAGGAUGAAGAUGAAGACGACUCUGACUAUGAACCUAGUUUCAGCUUUGAAGCUGUCUUACCAGAUGAUGUUAACCAAAACUAUGAGGAAGCAGCAUUUGAAGAAGAGGCAUUUGGAAAAGAUGGUUGUGAUGAUGAUGCUGAUGCAGAAGAAGAGUCUGCUGAUGAUGACCCUUGUCCUGGCAUUCAAAGGCUAAAGACUGAGGCAGACAGUGUGCACUUGAUAGGAGACGGACGGAAUGAUUCUCCAGGCCAUUCUGCUCAGUAUUGUUCAUACACCAUGAUGGAAUAUGACAGCAAAAAAAUUUUAACCUUAAGAACACUGGACAAAAGAUCAACGGACCGAAAAUCAACCAACAUGGAGAAAGUUGGAUUCGAACAGGCUCUCCAGGAAUUGACUGACAAUAACAUUGCAGUUGAGGAAGUUGUGACAGAUGCCCAUCUAGGAAUCGGCUCAAUUAUGAAUAAAAAGUACCCAGAAAUCAAGCAUUCACAUUAUAUUUGGCAUGCUGCCAAAAAACUUGCUAAACGUCUUGGAAAGAUUGUGAAGAAGAAAGCAAACCAAAUUUGAAUACCAUGGCUGAAGGACAUUGUAAACCACUUCUGGUUUGCCUGCAGCAAGGCUGACUCCUAUGAAGAAUUUCUGAGCAUAUGGAGGGGAGUUUUACAUCACAUCACAAACAAGCACGAAUGGAUCCUGUCUCAAGGAACUGGAAUAAAUGGUUGUCUUCAUGAUCCUUUAUAUGAAAACGAAGUGCGUGAAAAACACUGGCUUUCAACUUCAGACCAUGCAAGAGUUUUACAAGACCUGAGUGCUGUGAUCCUGGACAAGAGAUUCUUGAGCAAAGUGUCAUAUUACCUGAAUUACAGAACCACUGCUUACAUAGAAGUGUUUCACCAGUUAAUUUUGAUGCACUGUGCAAAGAGGUUUGCAAAUACACCGCCUGUGUACAGAAUCCGCAACCUAUUGGCAGCUAUCGACCACAACUACCACAGCAUCAGACCUCUGAAAACCAACAAAGAUGGAGAAAUAAGGUAUCACAGAUGCUACAACAAAAAAAGCAAGCGCUGGUCAGUCUUUCCAGAGAAAGUAGCCAAGACCUAUGGCUACGUUCCAGAGAUGGCAGAAAUGCUGUACAAAAAACGGAUUAAGGAUAAAGUAGGAAUGGGCAAAAAAAUGGUCUUGGAAGAAGGUGAUCCAAGAAGACUGGCAAACACUUGGCCCCAGAAUCCCCUCCAUCUACCUCAGUAAUUGUUCAGGCCAAACAGACCAGGUUCAAGAGAAAAUGAAAUUGAAGUGAAAAAAGAAGUACUCGGUACUUAAAUUGUUUGAACAGAGCAACAAUAAUGUUGGUAUUAGAUGUAUUGCUAAUGAUC